UCCGAAUGCUACCGCAAUAUUGAAACACGAGCCGAGCAUCACACAAAGAAAUGCUCUAUUUAUAGUGUAUUUUUAUAGAGCUUGCAGCUCAUUGUCUUCAUUAGCAAUGGUGCCCGUGUUUAGUAAUGUCUAUGCUGGCUUCAACACAAAGCAUGACACAAUUCUCAGGCUUUUGUUCUCUCUGUCCUGUUGUUUUGUCAAAGCACUCCUGUAAUGUAUGGUAAUGUGGCAGAUACAAGGGCAGGAUUCUUUCCAAGGACCCUCGGUGUUGUCAGACUUCUUAUUCUGCACUGGUGAAGACUUGAAAUUAUUUUUUUGUUUUUGUCAAGUAUUGUCAGGCCAUGCCUCUGUCAGAUGCUUCAACAUUGAAAGCAUACAGUUUUAUGCUUGAGCAAGGCAGCAUGGCAACAGCAGUGGCCCUGGAUAACGUUGACCAGUUGAAGGAACUGAUUCAGAAAAGCAGAAUUCUGGAUCUGGCCGAGGCAGGCAAGGCGCUCCUCAUGGCUGCUGACAAGGGGAAAGUAGAAUGUCUGGAAGUACUGUUAGAUGCAGGCACCUCACCAGACACCAAGGCCCUGGGUUACACCCCCUUCAUCCUGGCUGCCCAGAACGGUCACCUGGCCAUCAUGCACAUUCUCCAUGCGCGGGGGUGUAACGUGAUGCGAACCACGCACCCAGUGAGAGGGAGUGCGCUCCACUGGGCAGUGGCUAAUGGACACCAGGAGUGCGUGGACUUCCUGCUUACCACCCAGAUAGACCGGGACGCCCAGACCAUGCACGGACGCACGGCUGUGAUGUUGGCUGCAAGGAACGGACGUCCUGAGAUUCUCAAGACACUGCUGAAUGCCAACUGUAAGGUAGAUAUAGUAGAGAGGAGCACAGGUUACAAUGCUUUGCACCAUGCUGCUGUGGAGGGAUGGACAGACUGUGUACAGAUGUUGUUAUCAGCAGGAAUCAACCCCAAUGCCACCACCGUCUCCGGGGACUCUGCCCUCAUUAUUGCUGCCAGGAAGAACAGGCUGGAGACAGUGGAGGUGCUCAUCAAGGCUGGUGCUGAUGUGGAUGGGACAGGGAGCUGCAACAUGACAGCGAUACACUGGGCUUGUGAAGGGGGCUUUCUGGAGGUGGUGGAACUUCUUCUGGAAGAAGGCGCCAACCCCAGCGUGAUCACAACAGAUACUUUUGAAUCCUGGCAGACCUUUUCUUCAGGACCCAUCAAUGGAGGCUGCACCCCACUCAUGCUCGCUGCAAGGGGCGGUCACAUUGAAAUCAUGGAACUGCUUAUCAAAGCCGGUGUGGAUUUAGUGGUGUUUGAUAAAAGUGGGGAUUCUGUCCUUCACUACGCUGUUCGAUCCAACAGAACGGCUUGCAUCGAGCUCAUAAUCCGGCUUGGCCUCAGCCCAGAUUUGCAGCAAGAACCAGCCUUGACUGACACGCCUUUGGCAGUGGCGAUGCAGGAACAGAAAUAUCACUCCCUCCGUGCCCUUAUUCAGGCAAACUGCAAUAUCGAUGCCAAAGUCCGACCUCCUAUUGAAGAAGUCAUGAGACAGGACUCUCCUUUCCGAUCGCCCACUUGUUCCCCAUUUGAAAUGGCCGUGCUGAGGAGUCAUUCGGCUGUGAUGAAAAUGCUGGCUCUAGCUGGCUGUGAUCUCAGUAUUUUGCAGUACUGGCUGGAAACCUCCUGUCUUCCUGACUCUCUGAAAUACAACAGUAACCUCCUGCAUUGGUUACUGGAUGUUGCUUUCGUGCAUAGCUCAUUGAAGAAUUUAUGCAGGGCAAGAAUCAGGGAGGUGCUGGGAUAUCAAGUGAAGGAGCUUGCCCAAAAGCUUCCUUUGCCAAAGAGAAUCAUCGAGUAUGUCACACUAGCUGACCUUGAUAGUAUUGAUUUGACCAGUGAUGGUUCACAGCAGUAGAAUUUCAGUUAGGCCAGAUAAACUUGAUGAGUUGGUUAGCCAGCUGCAGCUCUAUGUAAACAUAAUCAUUGUCUAUAAAUGGAAUUUAUCUUUUUGUAAUUUAUUUGUUGUUGCUUUUUAAGGAGGAAGGAAAUAUCAGUUUUCGACAUAAACCACAGUUAUUAGGCUAAGUCUUGAAGUCAGUGCAAUUUUCCAUUUGAUAAAAUAUUAGGCGUGAAAAUCAUUUACCAAGGUUUCAAUACUCUAUGGCCUAAGCAGAGUCUUUGUGGUUCAUUCAAAUACAGAGAUUUAGACAAGAAACCCUCGAGUCCUAAACCUAGUUGUACUCUCCUGCUUUGUGUAUGUAACCUCUUGAUUUAAAAGGGUGAACAAUGAUAAAUGCUUAAGGUUUCAUAUAUUUUACUUGGUGUUAAUUUAGGGACAUGAAGUCCUCUGUUAAAAUAAAGCACUGAUAGGCCAUUGGUGCCAUCUGAUGCUUUCAACAGCUUUCGUCAGGCUUACUGAUGACAGUGCUGAGAACACAAGGAAGACUGAUGAUGAGAAAUUUAACAUGUCUGUACUAUGGUCCACCAGUCCUACACUGUUGCCUAGUGGCCAUCUCCCCACCCUUACCAGUAUUCAUGGCACCUUGUUACAUAUGAAGUGGUUUAAACAAGUGCAAAGUGAGAGCAGAAAAUAAGACUCUUGGUGCUAAUUGAAAAAAAUUAAGUUAAAUGUACAGGAAGGAUUCCUUUAUGGUGCAGGGAUGCAAAAGUAUUCCAUUGUCAUCUGAACUACCAGUCAUUACAGCCACCUCUCCAUCCAGUAUUCAUGGCACCUUGCAAUUCAUGGCAUUUUUUUUUAUAAGUGUUUUUAUUUGUUUUUGAAGGUAGAACACACAAGGGUGCUGGUUUUAUAAGUAUCUUUAAUCAGAGCCAAAAAAGUGAUUCAUAAGUGUUCCAUUUAUGUUUCAGCUUCAUUGUCUGUACUCGCUUUUGAUGUUGUAUUCGCAUAUGGAAGUGGUGCUAGCGAACUUCCAGAUUGAGAUUGAAUUAUAUGAUUUUUAAAACAUUUUGAUAAGUAUUCCGUUAUUUGACUUCGUGCCAUAUUUUACUAACAAAGGAAACAUAAUCAGUACCAAGAUCACUGCCCCAUUGCCAUUUCGGCAGUGUAUUUGUUGCAAUGUUUUUUAAUAUCUCAAAAUUUUACUUAAAUGAUUAUUAAAUCUCACUUUUUUAUAACACAUUUUUCUUUCAACAUCCUUUUGGAGUGUUGCUUGUUGUCAU